AUGGGCCCCGGCUACGAGCAGUGGACACACGAGCAGCUUGUCGCGCGCAUACAAGACCUCGAGGCCCGGCUGGUGGCCAGUACCAAAGUCUCCACGUCGAAUGCCGCCGAGCCCAACGCUGCGACCUUCACGAGCUUUCCCAUCCCGUCGCCCGCAGAUGGGGAAAAGUACAGGAAACCUCCGAAGCAACAGCCGAGUGCUUUCGACGCGUCCAAAUACAGUACCAGGCUCAUUGCGCUCAAGUUUGCAUAUCUGGGGCAAAAGUACAAUGGUUUGGAGCACCAUGCAAACAACAAGACGCCCUUGCCCACGAUAGAGGAGGAGCUGUGGAAGGCGCUGAUGAAGACGAGGUUGAUCAGCCCGGCGCCAAAGGAUGGCAAAGAGGCGGAGACAUUCAGGAGGCUAGACAGGAAGACGUUUGACAAGUGGGAUAGAGACGGGGCAGAUGUGAAUUGGGAGGGGUGCGAGUACUCCAAGUGCGGCAGGACAGACCGAGGCGUGAGCGCCUUUGGCCAGGUCAUCGGAGUGCGGGUCAGGAGCAUGCGGCCCUGCCCGAAGCCUGCAACUGCAUCGGAAGAUCAAGCGAUGCAAGAUGCCCCACAAGAACUCGAGACCGCGAUGCUCGUCGAGAAUGAGGAAGCGCCCACGCAGCCCUUCGACGACACCAAAGACGAGCUCGCCUACAUCCAGCUCCUCAACCGCGUCCUCCCGCCCGACAUCCGCAUCUACGCCUGGUGCCCGAACCCACCGCCCAACUUCAACGCCCGCUUCUCCUGCAAAGAGCGCCGCUACAAGUACUUCUUCACGGACCCGUGCUUCGCGCCCGUCCCCGGCACAUCCGGGCUAUACCCGCCCUCCCCUUCCGCCUCCACCUCCUCUCCGCCCAUGCGCGAAGGCUGGCUCGACAUCGCCGCCAUGCGCGACGCCUGCGCCCGCCUCGAGGGUCUCCACGACUUCCGCAACUUCUGUAAAGUCGACCCCAGCAAGCAAAUCACAAACUUCAAGCGACGCAUCUUCCGCGCCUCCGUUGAGGAAGUUUCGCCUCUAUCGGUGCCGGGCUUCAUCUCGCACCCCGCCAUCUCGAACCCAGCCACCGGCGAACCGCCCAAAAUGUACGCCUUCGUGCUGCACGGCUCCGCGUUCCUCUGGCACCAGGUCCGCUCCCUCGUCGCCAUCCUCUUCCUCAUCGGCCAGCGCCUUGAGAGCCCCGAGCUCGUCUCCCAACUCCUCGACGUCGAGCAGAAUCCGACCCGACCAAAGUACGAAAUGGCCUCGGACGCCCCGCUCGUCCUCUGGGACUGCAUCUUCCCGCACGAGCACGAAGUGCAGGACUCGGAAGUCCGCGAGCACGGCUACGAGGACCGUCUCCCCUGGGUCUACGUCGGCGACGAGGGCGGCAUCGAGCCAAAGUCCCUUGGGACAGCGAAGGCCGGCGGACCGAGCAGCAUGGGCCGCGGCAAGUGGGGACGCGGUGGCCUGGUGGACGACGUGUGGGAGCUGUGGCGCGGGCACAAGAUUGAUGAGACGCUGAGCGCGCUGCUGCUGGACGCGGUUGCGGGGCAGGGGGAGGCGGAUCUGGACAACGCGGGAGGUCUGGAGGGGAACGCGAUGCCCAAGAGCGGGCCGCGGUGCUUUGAUGGCGGGAAUGUUGGCAAGGCGAAGGGCAACUACAUGCCUGUGCUGAAGCGGGAGAGACAGGAGGCGGUGGAGGUAGUGAAUGAGAAGUAUGCGAGGAAGAAGGGGUUGGUCCUGGAUAGGACGAGGCCCAAGGAGGGGGACGCGGAUGAGUGA